AUGGCUGUAGUGCUUCCAACUGAAUUAAAGCGUAUUGAGCCUUUUAUUAAGCGUGCUGAAGAGAUGGAAAACGUUGAUAAACUGGUUUUUUACUAUUGUAGUUUUUGGGCUGCUAAGUUGGGACUUGAGAUGGAGCUGAAAACAAAGGAGUCUGAAGCAUAUCUUGAAUGUGUUGUUGAAAAGCUUGAACGGAUUAAAGAGGACCCUGUAUAUCAAUCGAAAAUUCAAGAUGAAGCAGCGGGCAAGGCAUAUAUGAAGAAGUUUUCUGAGGAAGUCUUUAGAAAUGCAGAUGAAGAUAUACGAAUGAAACGUAUUUCUCCUCAAACCUCUAAAGGAUUUUUAGCAGCAGUCAAUUUUUUUGAGGUGAUGAGAAUAUGGGGAGAAUUGAGUCAAGAUGUGCUUUAUAAAAUUAAAUAUGCUAAGAAGUGUGCAAUUGACAUUAUCAAGGUUUAUCGGAGUGGGAAAGAUCCAAAUGAUGUAUUAUUUGAUGCAAAAGAUGAUUCAGAGUUAGUGUUAUUGCCAGAAAAAGAAUUGCUAAAUGCUUCUGAAAAAACAGUGGAUAGGAAUAGUUUAUCAAAAGAUCUCUUGUCAAACUCCGAUGAUAGAGAGAUAAAGUUAUCUACAGAGGAUUCAUUAUCUUUGAAAAACAUAGAAACUUUUGAUCUAUGUACAAAAAAGGUUGAAGAAAAUAAAGAAGCAUCGAGUGAAAUGUCUUGUAUUUCUACUUCCAAUAUACAGAUUAUUGAAAAUAGAAUUGAAAAGAUUGAAAAAGCGCAAAAGCAUGCAAGAUGGGCAAUUAGUGCUUUGAAUUUUGAAGACCUUAAAACAGCAACUCAUGAAUUGAAACUCGCUUUAGCCCUUCUUGAGUCUAUAUAA